UGGUGUAGACUCCAGGGAAGUACGGGUUGGCACAACUGAUGCCCCAGGACACAAUACCCUCAAAAUAACCAUUACAGAUAAGAGGCCCGCCAGAGUCACCCUGUAGCCAAACGGAGAAGAAAGAAAGUCAUGUACAUCUGGGAUGGCAUGAAGGGAUGUGGAGGGAUUUGGUAGAUAUAGCCCAGCCAACACGCAGUCCUGCGCGACACGUUCACAUUUGCCAUGGCCCCGCUUCUCUUAUUGGUGCUGUUGAAACUCUUCCCUGCAAAUUGUCUGGACUUCAUUCAGGGGCGCAUCAUUGGCGGAUAUAUCCCAUCGCCAAAUUCAAUCAAAUACAUUGUGUCAUUACAAAGCUCAAAGGGGCAGCACUUCUGUGGCGGAUCUCUUGUCCAUAAAUACUGGGUGCUAACAGCUGCUCACUGCAAUAUUGGGAUGGAUCAGAUGAUGGUCGUGGCAGGAGACUAUACUUUGGGUGCUUAUGAGGGGACAGAGCAGUAUUUCAAGCCUCAGUCCCUUAUCCCACACCCUCUGUACAACAAGAGCACCAAUAAUGCAGACAUCAUGCUAAUUAAGCUUAGUGCUCCCAUAGAGCUGAAUCGGUAUGUGUCCCUCGCCCCACUCCCUAAACAGAACACAGGGCUGCUGGCGGGCAGGAUGUGCCGGGUGUCUGGGUGGGGCUCCACAAGCCACAGUGGAGGUCAGACCCCCCUCACCCUCCGCACAGUCAAACUCCCCAUUGUCUCCAUGGCUAAAUGCAACAGCAGCAAAUCCUUCAAUGGGAACAUUACAACCAAUAUGAUCUGUGCAGGGUCCAGCACAGGAGGGAAAGAUGCGUGUAAGGGGGACUCUGGUGGCCCGUUGGUGUGUGAGGGACGCAUCUAUGGCCUGGUCUCUUGGGGAAAUGGUUGUGGAGAUCCAAAGUUUCCAGGGGUGUAUACAGCCGUGUCCAGGUUCCGCAGGUGGAUUGACCAGACUAUAUACAGCCCAUACUCACGAUGCCUUAAGCCAUGAGGUCAAAGUUCACUGUACCUGUGUUUGGGAGGUCACAGUAGAUUUUAAGAAAAUGGACCCCUAUAAAAGACACCGGAACAAUACAGUUUAAUGAAAGAUAUAUUGGCCAGGCUAAUUAAUUGCCCAUAUUUCGCUUUUUUGAGAUUAUUAGUAUUGGCCAAUAACCAUGUCUGCUUGGCAUGUUGAAAGGAGUUUAACUUUCCCUUUGUGUCAGUUUCAAAAUGUACUGAUAGUUAAGCCUACUCUUUUCAUAUUUAGUGAAUGUUUAGUCAUUUCUGUGUAAAAGAAAUGUUCAUUUCACCAAUUUUGUGUACCUCUCAUUUGCUGUCCUUAAAUUGCAUUUAGUGUAUAUGGCCAUUAUAUCUCGGCCACAAUGCUCUUUAGAUAUUAUUAUCAGUAUCAGUCAUUAAAAAAAAACACCAUCUACUCUAAUUACCUGUGACACAACAAACAGCAUCAUUUUGUAAUGCAAAUUUGCAGUAUGGCGAACUUAAGUACACAAUGAAAGACAAAAUUUCUACACAUAUAUUUUCAUAUGCCAUUGUCCCAUGUUUGCAUGCAUAUGAAUGGAAGUGAAAGGAACAUUAAAUCUAGUGUGACGGCCUGUUAAAGGAAUAUUCCGGCUUCAUUAAAAGCAAAAAUCUAGGUUACAGUGAGGCACCUACAAUGGAAGUGAAUGAGGCCAAUUUUUGGAGGGUUUAAAGGCAAAAAUGUGAAGCUUAUCAUUUUAUAAAAGCACUUACAUUAAUUCUUCUGUUAACUCAUGUAUUAUUUGAGCUGUUAAGUUGUUUAAAUAAUCAUUUUUACAGUCAUUUUAGGGUUUUACGGUUUGAGCUUAACUUGUAUUGAACCCAAAAUAUUCCAACAAACUUCAAAGGAAUUUUGGAUCCUUUUCUGUUCAUCAUUUAGUGUGAUUAUUAGACUUUUUGGAAUUGUGUUAUGAAGACUGCAUACAAGGGUUACUUUUAUUUUACUCCACUGAUCACUGAUUUUCAAACAGACAAAGAGGACAUUGCUGUUUUGUGCCAUUAAAUGGAAAUGCAAACCAACAGCUUGCAGUUUUGAGUGAACGUCUCUUGAGUUCAGUUAGUGUGAGGUGCUUUGUAUAGUUUGUACAAAUAAACAUUUGCAGUUUAAAUUGCUUAGUUAAUUAUUCUAAACAAAUCUCAAAGGGUUUCAUCAAAAUGUAUUAAGUGCAUAGCAAUAGCAUUUGUUUAAUCUUAUUGAUAUGACUGGAUAGCUACAAAAAGCUUUGAGGUUAUACUUUACAUGCAACAAAGGAUGUUUUUAGAUCUAAUAGGACUGGGUGUGUCCACAGUUACUCUUCUAUGAAGGUGGCAUUAGUUCCAGGAGCUUUUGGUUUCACUCCCUGCACAGGACACCACAUGUAAAAUUAUCACUGCAUGACAGACCCAGUGUGAACUUCACACAAUGAUUCUCAGCAGUUUAUAUGUAUAUCAUAUGAAUGCAUCCUAAAACCUACUUAUAUAGUAAUAUGUAUCUUGAGCAUUAUUUAUUACUUACAUAAUUAAAAGCAAUAGGAAACAUUAAUUUAAAAGUUGAACUAACUCUCACAAUACAGGUCUUCUGGGAAUAACGACAUUUUAGCAGGUGCUGCUAACAUGCUUUGCUGUAAAAGAAUAAUCUGAUGGAUCUUUGAAAAGUGUUCCUAGGGAGUAAAGCAUGGAACAGCAUGUUCCCACAGGGUAAGCAUUGUAAAUGAAUAUGCCACACAAAAAUGAGUAAAUACUAAAGAACAAUUCUUAAUUCCACAUGCAAGGUUCAGUUGGCUAAGAUGUUCAGUGCAUGCAAAACUAAAUAAGAGAGCCUGCAACUGAUAUGCUACAGUAAUUAUUUGUGAUAAUGUGAAACUGCAAGUUUAAAAAAAUCCAAUGUUGAUAAAGCUGACCAGUAUUUACUAAUUCAGACAUUUUUAUCCAAAGUGACUUACAAUGCAUUUAAGCUAUACAUGUUAUCUGUAUGUGCAUUUCCUGGGAACUGAACUCAUGACUUUGGCAUUGCUAACAUCAUGCUCUACCAGAAUGACUUUACUAUGUGCAUUGUACUGUAAGACAAGAGUUUUGGAAUAUAAAGUGGCCCCAAAAAGUCUCUGGACAUUUAAGUCACACUGAAAUAUUUCUAAAUAUUAUUCAAUUAUAUAUGAAAUAUCAAACAAAUGACUUCACUUUUCUUUUUAAUUUCUUUUAUC